CACAUUUUGACGGGAGUUGCAUGAUGGGACAUGGUAGCACUUUAGUGACGUGCAUAGGUCCAGUCAGAUGAUAUAACUAUUGGCUGGUGGAGCACAGUGAACAGAUAACCUCCACUAGUCAACAGGUAAAAUGUCUGGCUACCUGAUCGUCCUGCUGCUUGGUGCCUUCGUCGGCCAGGUCAUGUCACAGGUCAUCUGUGGUAAUAAGGCCUGCAUCAAGGAGGCCUUCUGUGCCCCCAACAACACCUGCACCUGCAAGAACCCGCCCUUCGUCAGGGGAGACGGAUAUUUCGGUUGCUACAGACAAAACACCGUGGACGCUGAGGUGAGGAAUGACCCGACCCUGACGACGUUUAAUGAGGAGACGGUCAACUUCCCCUACCCCUGCCGCUACAUGAUCACCCACGUCAAGCAGGAGCUCAAGUCUGGAGGGUCGGUCAUUGGAAACUGCGAGUUAAAGGUCUACGGCUUCAACGCACGUGCUAAAGGUAAGCUGUACAGCCGCGGGUACCAACUGGCGGUCAAGCUGACCUACAACAGCAACACCCCCAGCCCAAUUAGUCUCUCCACUACCACAUACGGCGAAGCCGGCUCGACGACAACCGAGCGAAACAAUUUCUAUAAUUGCGACGGCCCGUUCACCCCCGUUGUUCCCGUGGCCACCACCCCCACCAUUGUCCUCACAGCCCCACCCAGCGUAAAGGUCCUGCAGUACUUUGAGCCCACCACACAACAGAACAUUUUCCAGAUUGACUCGUGUGGCCUGAGAGUGACCUUCGUGCCCUAUAACCUGACCAGCACGAUCAACUCGCCCUUCUUGCCAGGCAUCUCCGUCGGCAUCAACUGCGCUCACCAUCCCAUUUGGCUGUCCAAUAACACUGUGAUGGGUCUGGCCCCAGUGAGCCAGGGCGGUAAGCUGAUCGCGGCCAUCCAGGCUGAGUACCCCGGCCUGUCGCCUGCUGACGCCAUGCUACAGAGAGCCUUCACCAGGAACGUCAUACAAAACCAACCAGGCGCCAGCUCCCAGUGUUCCAAUGUUGGGAGCCUCUUAGGGGCGUGUAACGCCACAGAACUGGACGCCCUCUACGCCAACGUUGACUGGAUCUUCGACAAGUACCCGCCCUUUGUCCGCUGUCUGUCUGGUACCACCACCGACGCCAACAAUUUGCUCGACCUCUUCAUCGCGUUCAUCAACCUGUUCUGCAACCAGGCGUGUGUCUACACCCCCGUCCACAACAUCCUGGGCACCUGUGUCCCCAGUAAUACGACAGAGCUCACCCCUCUCUUGGCCAAGGUCAACGCCACCUGCGGUUUCUGAGAUGUGACUGACUCUAUUGAUGAAUUAAAUGGUUGAGAAUCA